UGCAGAUGGGACCUGCGUUAAUGCUUGACUUAUCUUCUUUCACUAAACACAAAUUUUAGAUGUUCACUCCGAAAUUAGAUUUUGUUAUCUUAUUUAACUUAUUUUGUAUGAUAGUUUAAACGUAAUUGAACUUUGACAGUAACCUGAUAAUUCGCAGGAGAUAUUGUUAUCAGUGUUUAUGUCAUGAUCUUCUACAAAACAAACAGUUAAUUGACCCUCUACCGCGGGAGGCAAGACAUCAUUUGUUGUAAUAUUUAAUAAGAUUUAAUUAUGUUUAAAGUAAUAAGAGACAAAUGUAUUAGAAGUAAAGCAGCAAAGUAUUUGAAUAGUUUAAGAAACAGCAAAAGAUGCUAUGCAACGAGUAAUGAAGUUGUGACCUCAGCUGAUAUUGUUAUUAUUGGAGGCGGUAUCGCUGGUUGCAACACCUUAUAUCAACUGACAAAAAGAGGUGUGAACGCAGUGCUUCUAGAAGGGAACAGAUUGACGAGUGGUACAACAUGGCACACAGCUGGCUUAGUAUGGUCACUAAGAUCCAGCGAUCUUGAAGUGAGAUUAUUAGAAGACUCCAAAAAAGUCUACAGUGCUUUAGAAGAAGAGUCCGGGGACUAUGCGGGAUGGAUCAAUAAUGGUGGCAUGUUUAUAUCCCGGAGUAAGAUACGCACAGAAGAGUAUUUACGUUUACACACUCUAGGAAAGGCGAUGGGAGUGCCAAGUGAAGUCCUAGAUCCAAAUGAAGCCCAGAAGCUAUUCCCAUUGUUGGAUCCAUCAGCAUUUAAAAUGGCUCUUUACUCUCCCACGGAUGGUACCAUAGACCCAGCUAUGGCGUGUAAUGCUCUUGUUAAAGUGGCAACUAAGAAUGGUGGAAAGAUAUAUGAAGACUGCCCUGUUAUUGAUAUACAUUAUGCACACAAUAUAUUUGGAAAUAAAGAGGUGACCGGUGUUCAUACAGACAAAGGAUUCAUUAGGACCAAAUGUGUAGUAAACUGUGGAGGUGUUUGGGGUCCACGUAUAGCGAGAUACGCAGGUGUACCCUCAUUGCCCAUAGUUCCAUUCAAACACGCGUACGUUGUUUCCGACGCCAUUCCAGAAAUUCGCGGCUGUCCAAAUGUCAGAGAUCACGAUGUCAAUUUGUAUUUCAAGAUUCAGGGUGAAAGUUGCAAUAUUGGCGGUUACGAGAACAAUCCCAUAAUGUUGGACCAGGUUUCAGACAGUCAGCACUUCCACCUAUACGAUUUAGAUUGGGACGUAUUCGGUGUUCACAUGAACAGUGCAACGUCUCUAUGCCCAAAACUUGGAAACAUUGGUGUUAAAAGUACUGUAUGCGGACCGGAGUCCUUCACUCCAGACCACAAGCCGUUAUUAGGCGAAGACCCAAAUGUAUUUGGAUUAUACCAUAACUGUGGCUACAAUUCCGCCGGGAUGAUGUUUUCUGCUGGCUGCGGUAUACAACUGGCUGAAUGGAUAAUCAGUGGAAGACCACACUACAAUAUGUUCACAUUUGACGUGUGUCGGUUCACACCGGGCCAGCUUUCCCGACCUCAUUGGGUGCGUGAAAGCAGCCAUGAGUCUUACGUGAAGAACUACAGUGUGGUGUUUCCCAAUGACGAGCCACUCGCUGGCCGAGACGCGAGUCACGAUGCCUUACACCAGGAGUUAAUAGAUGACGGUGCUGUAAUGCAGGCUAGGGCUGGUUGGGAGAGGCCUGGUUUUUUCAUGCUGGGAGAGAAGAUUCGAGUCCCGCAGUAUGAUUGGGGCGGCGUUAACGACUACCCUCGCAAUCUGGAUCUGCGUUACGAAGAAGUACUUAAAGGAGAUUAUACGUUUGGAUUUUCGAAACACCAUGACUUAAUUGGUGCAGAGGCAUUAGCCUGUAGAAACGCUGCAGCGAUGUUCAACAUGUCGUAUUACGGCAAACUCUACCUCACUGGGCCAGAUGCAAGACGAACUGCUGAAUUGGCUUUCACUGCGGAUUUAUCGAAGGAAGAGAACAGGAUUAUGUACACUCUUCUCCUGAACGAAAAGGGUGGUGUCGAAGCGGAUUUAACUGUCAGCAUUCUUGAUGGUGGUCAAGGGCAACUGCAUGAACCUAUUUUUAAAGGUCGUGGAUACUACUUGGUCACGUCCGGCUUUAGUGCGAACCACACCGCGUCGAUACUUCGGCGUGUCAUACACAAGUACAAACUCCGUGCUACCAUCACUGACGUCACUAAGCAACUCUGUAUUCUUGCAAUACAAGGGCCGGAUAGCCAACGUAUUCUCCAACGGUACACGGACGCUGGUUUGUCCAACGACGCGUUCCCACUGUAUACACACCGCAGCAUAGGCGUCACUAAAGUACCUUACUCCCCUGACAAUAAGACCUAUACUUGCCGAGCAUUGCGCGUGUCUUGGGCGGGGGAGUUAGGCUGGGAGCUGCAUAUACCUUCCUCGCACGCUAUACAGGUGUACAAGGCGUUAAGUCAGGCAAAAGGGCUUAGGAACGCCGGAUGGAGAGCUUUGACUUCGCUUAGUGCUGAGAAAGGUUUUCACUUAUGGAAUGUUGACUUGAGAACAGAUGAUAAUCCAAUAGAGUCAAAUCUGGGUUUCGCUUGUCGUAAAGAUGGCGGAUAUAUCGGCAAUGAGACUGUCACCAAAGCUAGAAAGAGUGGAGUUGUCAAAAAGUACGCUUUCUUCACUCUUAAUGAUAAGGUACCGUUGUUUGGUCAGGAAGCUAUAUUCAGAAAUGGUGUUCCCGUCGGAUAUGUACGAAGAGGGGAUUAUGCAUUUUUCCUUGAUAAAUCCGUAGGCAUUGGCUAUGUGUCCGACAACGGGUCGGUAGUUACAAAUAACUAUCUACAAAAUGGCGAAUACGAGAUCGAAAUUAUGGGCAAGCGGUAUAAAGCAAACCUGCAUUUAAGAUCGCCAUUCGAUCCAACAGGCCAAAGGUUGUUAGGAAAUUAUGGAGCUCUAGGAAUGGAUGAGAAUACUCACGAACCUCACGCUGGACAAAAUGAAAGGGCGGGAGGUAGCGAAUAGAAUAGUAUAGUGAUCUCAAUAAAGAAUUAGUCUAU